CCUGUCGCUCAUCCUUGUCAACCAAUGGGAGGAGGCGCUGCUGUGGUCCCGCCCUCACGCGGCGUUUCCGCCAUUUCAUUGGAGAGCGGGAGUUCCCCUCAGGAGCGAGGCCCGGACAGCACCGGGAGCCCGCCCGGCACCGGGAGCCCGCCCGGCACCGGGAGCCUGUCCCUGCCCUUCCCCGCCGUGCCCGCCGCUCCCACCGGCCCGACCAAUGCAACCGUCACGGGAACCUUAGCGAAGGGAAAAACCCUCCCGCCAUUAAUCAGCCAGCCAUCAAUCAGCCGUUCCGUCUCUCCCGUUGGCUCUCCCGGUGUUUGGCGGCCCUGCCGUGCCCAUGGAGCGUCCGCGCGUUCGCUCACGGGGAACGGGAGUCCCCAAGCGAAGCGCCGGGGCUGGAACGCCCCGGGAAUCUCUUGGGUUUCCCCCCUUCAGGGACCGGAACCGGCAGGAAUUGGCUCCGCUCCUUGCCCCGUGCGGGUUUGGAGGGGUCUCGGUGGAUUUUGGGCGGUUUCCGCGGGGGUUUCGGGCGUCUCCGCUCCCGCUCGCUCCCCGCAAACCCCACCAGGCCCAACAUGGCCCCGCCGUUACCUUGGCAACCGUCACUUCCGGUGCUUGGCCCCGCCCCUUCCGGUCCCGCGCUCCAAGAUGGCGGCGCCCAUGGCGGCUCCCCCGGUCCCGGUUCUGCGGAUCGUGGCCGAGUGCGGGCGGAGCCGCGCCCGGGCCGGGGAGCUUCGGCUUCCUCACGGCACCGUCCCCUGCCCGGUCUUCAUGCCCGUGGGCACCCGCGGCACCGCCAAGGGCCUGACGGCGGCGCAGCUGGCGGCGCUGGGCUGCCGGAUCUGCCUGGGCAACACCUUCCACCUGGGCACGCGGCCGGGUUCGGAGCUGGUCCGGCGCUCCGGGGGCCUGCACGGGUUCAUGGAUUGGCCUCACAAUCUCCUGACGGACAGCGGGGGGUUCCAGAUGGUUUCCCUGCUGGAGCUGGCCGAGGUUUCCGAGGAGGGGGUUCGGUUCCAGCCCCCGCACGGCGGGGAGAGGAUCCUGCUGAGCCCCGAGAGAUCCAUGGAGAUCCAGAAUGAACUGGGCGCUGAUAUCGUGAUGCAGUUGGACGAUGUCGUGAGCAGCACAACCACGGGCCCGCGAGUGCAGGAGGCCAUGGACAGGUCAGUUCGCUGGCUGGAUCGCUGUGUGGCCGCUCACGCCCGCCCGCAGCAGCAGCUCCUCUUCGCCAUCGUCCAGGGGGGGCUGGAGCCAGAACUGCGCCUGCGCUGCAUCCGAGCCAUGACCCAGCGGGACGUGCCGGGAUUCGCCAUCGGGGGCCUGAGCGGGGGCGAGGACAAGUCGAGCUUCUGGCGCACGGUGAAGCUGAGCGCCGAGCACCUGCCCCGGGACAAACCCCGCUACCUGAUGGGCGUGGGCUACGCCACGGAUCUGGUGGUUUGCGUGGCGCUGGGCUGCGACAUGUUCGACUGCGUCUUCCCCACGCGCACGGCGGCAUUCCAGGGCGUUCCUGCACGCUCUGCUCCGCUCCAACACGGCCGCGCUGCACCUGCUCACCCUGCACAACGUCGCUUACCAGAUGAAGCUGAUGGGAUCCAUCCGGGAGAGCAUCGUCCAGCAGAGAUUCCCGGAGUUCGUGCGGGAGUUCAUGGCCAGAAUGUACGGGGGGCGCGGGGGACCCCCGGCCUGGGCUCGGGAGGCUCUGGGGUCUGUGGGGAUCCCCCUGGACUGAGGGGAGACCCCCAGGAGCACCCCCAAUUCCCAGGGGAGACCCCCAGGAGCACCCCAAAUUCCCCUGGAUUGAGGGGAGACCCCCCAGGAUCACCCCAAAUUCCCCUGGAAUGAGGGGAGACCCCCCAGGAUCACCCCAAAUUCCCCUGGAUUGAGGGGAGACCCCCCAGGAUCACCCCAAAUUCCCCUGGAUUGAGGGGAGACCCCCCAGGAGCACCCCAAAUUCCCAGGGGAGACCCCCAGGAUCACCCCAAUUCCCCUGGGUUGAGGGGAGACCCCCAGGACCACCCCCAAUUCCCAGGGGAGACCCCCAGGACCACCCCCAAUUCCCAGGGGAGACCCCCAGGAUCACCCCAAAUUCCCAGGGGAGACCCCCAGGAGCACCCCCAAUUCCCCUGGACUGAGGGGAGACCCCCCAAGACCACCCCAAAUUCCCAGGGGA